GACAUCCGGCAUUCCGCAAGAAAAUCAGAAGAAAGCCAGCGUUGGGCACGAGUUGGUGAGAGAUGAGAUCACCCAUACCGGACGGAUUAGAAUAGGUAUUAACGUUACGCCCUUAUUAACACAUUCAGGCUUUGCUUUCGUUUGACUAUUAAACAGUGGCCACAUGUUGACAAGAUCGGACGGACCAGAGGUAGGUUUUGAUGGACUCUUGAUCUGGCUAAGUGGACGGAGUGAUCUGUUAAAGGGAAUCUCAUAUCUGACUCAUCUAACACUGCGACUUCACCAGAUCAAAGCGUUUCUGCACUCACCAACGAUUCCAUCCUCAAGACCUUCUAACACAGUGAAGGAUGAAUCACCUGUCAUUGAGUGAGCUGUGUUGCCUUUUCUGCUGUCCACCGUGCCCGAGCAGAAUAGCCUCCAAGCUGGCCUUCCUUCCUCCGGAGCCCACUUACACCCUCAUAUGUGACGAGAGCGGCAGCCGCUGGACUCUCCACCUUUCUGAGCGUGCGGAUUGGCAGUACUCUGCCCGGGAGAAGGAUGCCAUUGAGUGUUUCAUGACCCGGACAUCUAGAGGGAACCGAAUCGCCUGUAUGUUUGUGCGAUGUUCUCCCAACGCUCGCUACACCUUGUUGUUUUCCCAUGGUAAUGCUGUAGACUUGGGUCAGAUGAGUAGCUUCUACAUCGGCUUGGGCUCCCGCAUCAACUGUAACGUGUUCUCCUAUGACUACUCUGGUUAUGGGGCAAGCUCAGGGAAGCCUUCAGAGAAGAAUUUGUAUGCUGAUGUGGACGCUGCCUGGCAUGCACUAAGAACAAGGUACGGGAUCAGGCCAGAGCAUGUGAUCAUUUACGGCCAGAGCAUCGGUACAGUUCCUUCGGUGGAUCUGGCCUCUCGGUACGAGAGCGCUGCCGUCGUCCUUCACUCCCCUCUCACCUCAGGCAUGCGGGUGGCUUUUCCUGACACAAAGAAAACGUACUGCUUCGAUGCAUUCCCCAACAUUGAUAAAAUCUCUAAAGUCACGUCUCCGGUACUGGUGAUCCACGGGACGGAGGACGAGGUGAUAGAUUUUUCCCAUGGGCUGGCCUUGUACGAGCGCUGCCAGCGGCCCGUGGAGCCGCUCUGGGUGGAGGGUGCGGGACACAACGACGUAGAGCUGUAUGGACAGUACCUAGAGCGCUUGAAACAGUUUGUGGCUCAUGAACUUGUAAACUUAUAAAUGGACCUCAAGAUUAGGACUCACCUUGCCCAGAUGGGAGCUGUGAACAUUACUGGAGGGGGGAGGUUUUCUCACCAUUUUUUUUUUUUUUGUUUUAUUUUGGUUAUUUACUUAAGGUGCAGUUCUCCACGCUAUAUAGAAAAUGGGGAGCAGUGUCCUUGCUGCCUUUCUUAGGGGUGUGUUCGUUCGUGUAAAUGUACUUCUACAGGUGUGAGCGAGGGGUCUGAUGUUUUGGAGACCCGACUGUAAAUGUGUCUUGAUGCCAUGUUGUAAAGAAUCAAACCCAUUCCAUUUAAAUCAAGUUUUUGUUUUGCUGUAUGCAUGUUAUAAUAUCAUGUAAUGGAGUACUGUACAAACGCAGCAUUCUGACAUAAACAAUUGCCAUACAGGGGAUGCCAAAUACUCAGAAUAUUAAACUUUGAUACAUUACUUUGUAUAUACAUGUUUCAAAAAAAUCUCUGCUUAAGUACGUGUUCUCACACUCGUCUAUGUUUCAUUUGUCUUAGACCUUGAAAGCAAUGCUGGACAAUAUGACAGUAAUAUGUUUUAACUGUCAAAUAAAAAAAUAGAUUUUUCAAAUAAAUAAACACUUGAAUAUUGUGGCUUGCAAUAGCCCAAAUCAAACACAUAUUGUGCUUAAACUGUGCAUAUGCCAAUAUGCUUUUUCAUAUUAGUAACAGACUUUUUUUAAAUGAAAAUAAUAUGUUUGAUUACACAUAAAGAACUUAAGACUUGAUUGCAUUGAAUUGUCUUUUAUUCAAAAAGUCUUGUCUCAGAAGAAACCCAUAUAAAGAAAUGCACACUUUUUGUUUUGUUGUUAUUGCUUUCAGCCAUGAUAAGGCUGUUAUUCUGGACCGGUGCUGAAUUUACACAGCAACAUUUCGUUUCUCUUUGGGGGGCUAUAUGGAUAUUGAACAAUGAUCUUCUCUAAUGUAAAAGAGGACUGUCAGCCUGUUCCACUUUGAGAAGAAUUUUCAUUUGGAUGGAGUUUUUAUUUUUUUAUUUCCUGAUAGAAUGGCUAUUAUAAAAACUGGUGAUAAUGCUGUUAUUACCCACGAAAAUUGAUUUAUUAUAUCACAAAUGUCACAGAAGAGAUUUUUACUGGUCAGACUGAAGUACAUAGUGACAUGCUUCAAUCUUCCCAGACAUGUUGUUUUUGUUCAUGUAAACAUCCAUUGUAAGAAGAAGAUUGCUAUACUGUAUGUAAUUAUGAUCUUGAAAUAGCUAUAAUACAAAAUGAAAAUAAAUUGGAAAUAAACAUGUAUUUCAGAUAGUAGAGAACUAAAAGUAUUAAAAGCCUUGUCCUAAC